UUAUUCAUUUUUACAACGUCAGUACAUUACAGUGCUAGUCAUUGCCCACGCUGAAUGUUAACGUGGUACAGUGACUUUGCCUAUCUUUCAAUUUCGAGUUUUAGGAUUUUUUUCAGGCAGACAUUCUCCUCAACUUGCUCGAAAGGAUUGAAAUGUUACAGUUGAGGUUUUCGGCAGUGCUGAAGGAGUUGUUUCAAUCCAACCUAAAGCGCCCUUUGACAUGUAUUACAAGAAAUAAAACGUCGUUACCAAUCCACUACUGCUCCAGCAACGCCUCUCUUGAUGUCCAAGUCAGCUUCAAAUUGAAGCUUCUCCAUGCCGGUGUCCACCGCCCUUUGCUUUGCGCCACACCUGGGACCCGGACCUACUGCACGAAGACCGAAGGUGCUGCUAUACCUGUGACUGAAAGUGCUAUACCGGUGACCGACCAGGAGAAGAAAGAUGAGACUGCCAAAGAAGCAGCGGCGGAGAAGAGAAGGAAGGCAGGCAUCCUGCCCAGUCUGGAGGACCUGCUCUUCUACACCAUCGCAGAGGGCCAGGAGAAGAUCCCCGUCCACAAAUUUCUCACAGCACUAAAGGCCACGGGACUACGCACAGGAGAUCCCCGGCUGAAGGAAUGCAUGGACACCCUUAAAGUCACCCUGAAGAACACCUCGGACGGAGUCAUGCUGGACAGAGACCUCUUCAAGAAAUGUGUCCAGAGCAACAUCGUCUUGCUCACCCAGGCCUUCCGCAAGAAGUUUGUCAUCCCCGACUUCCAGUCCUUCUCUUCUCACAUCGACGAGCUCUAUGAGAGUGCCAAAAAUCUGACCGAAGGCCAGGUUGGUAAUCAGCCCAUCCCGGGGGAGGUUGCAGACUACAUCCCCCAGCUUGCCAAAUUUAGCCCAGACCUGUGGGCCGUGUCUCUGUGUACUGUGGAUGGACAAAGACACACGGUAGGCGACACCAAGGUCCCCUUCUGCUUGCAGUCGUGUGUGAAGCCGCUGAAAUACGCCAUCGCGGUGCACGACCACGGCACCGAGUACGUGCACCGCUUCAUCGGGAAGGAGCCUAGCGGCCUGCGCUUCAACAAGCUCUUCCUGGACGAGGACGAUAAGCCCCACAACCCCAUGGUGAACGCCGGCGCUAUUGUUUGCACCUCAUUGAUAAAGCAGGGAGCGAGCAAUGCUGAGAAGUUUGACUAUGUCAUGAACUUCCUGAAUAAGAUGGCAGGAAAUGAGUAUGUAGGCUUCAGCAAUGCCACAUUCCAGUCGGAGCGCGAGUCAGGAGACCGGAAUUUCGCUAUCGGCUACUACCUGAAAGAAAAGAAGUGUUUUCCUGAGGGGACAGACAUGACGUCCAUUCUGGAUUUCUACUUCCAGCUAUGCUCCAUCGAGGUGACCUGCGAGAGCGCCAGCGUCAUGGCGGCCACCCUGGCCAACGGCGGCUUCUGUCCAAUUACGGGCGAGCGUGUGCUGAGCCCGGAGGCAGUGCGUGACACGCUGAGCCUCAUGCACUCCUGCGGCAUGUACGACUUUUCUGGCCAGUUCGCCUUCCACGUGGGCUUGCCAGCCAAGUCGGGCGUGGCAGGGGGCAUCCUUCUGGUGGUGCCCAACGUUAUGGGCAUCAUGUGCUGGUCUCCUCCACUGGACAAGCUGGGCAACAGUGUCAGAGGCAUUCAGUUCUGCACGGACCUGGUGUCUCUCUUUAACUUCCACAACUACGACAACCUGAGGCACUUUGCCAAGAAGCACGAUCCUCGCAGGGAGGGAGGCGACCAGAGGCAGUUUACCUUCGGACCAAUGGAUUACGAGAGCCUUCAGCAAGAGCUAGCUCUCAAAGACUCUCUGUGGAAAAAGGUGGUGCCCACUGAUUGCCACGAGGACAGCUCCACCACUGUAGUCUAUAGGAUGGAGAGUGUCGGAGAGCGCAACUAGGACCCCCUCUCUGCUCCCUACCUCCCACCUUCUCCUGUCCCCUUUCUACACCCAUAUAUGACUUCAUAUAUUUAUAUAAAUUAUCAAGAGGAUUAUUUAUUUCUAUAAGUUUUUUUUUUUUUUUUACAUAAUGUUAUGUCACAUUAUGUACUGGUGAUGAAUGAUAAUUGAUUCUACCUGGGUUACUGUACUUUUUUUCCCUCUUUUUUUUUCUGUGUGUCCGUGGCUGCAAUCCAAACACAUAACAGACACACCCUCAGCCCUCAAAUGAAGUGGACACUUUUGAUGAUAUAUCAUGACAUCUGACGAGUUGACUCUUGCAGGGAGAGGGAGGAAGGAAUGAUUUUUAAAUGAGUCGCCCUUGCCCGGAAAUUCAUCACUUGUUCAUCUCGCAACGAUUGUGUUUUCAUUCACCAGUAGCGUGUGGGUGUUUUGUAUGCGCUACAGUCAAUUAUGAUUGCAUGUCUUCUUAUAUUAACUACAUAAUUAUUAAUAUAUGCCUACUGUAUCAUAGCUAGAAAAUGAAUCAGCUAACUAACGUUAGCCUGUCUAGCUGGAACUUCUUCAUUACUUUUACGAGACGUGUUUGUGUAGCACAAUUUGUAACUUCUUUACAUUCGUUUUUACUUACACUUGUAUGUUGACUCCAUAUUGACGCUGAGGUUUUUAAGUUUUGGUGGACUUUUCUUAGCGGAUGUACAAUCAUCGCGACUUGAAUUAUGGGGUGUUUCAGGCCCCGAAGCGAACAUAAUUGUACCCUCGCAAACUCUAUUAAAAACGAGGGCUGAGGGGCUUGCGUUGCACACUUCCCUUGCUUGGCUAAUCAUUUGGACCGACGACAAAUAUGGCUGUGGGGAUUCCCCCUAGGGAAUAAGGUGAGGGUAAGUGGACGAGGGUGUGUCUUUUAUGAGUUUGAAAUGCAUCUCUUGUGUUUUUGGGGUCCCUGCAGAGCUGAGGGAAGCCCUUCUGGCUGCCUGUCUAGAAUGUCAGACUUUAGGGGCCUGAAGGGAUUGCCUGGCUCAGAUUGAGGCUUUGCAAGUAGACUUGAUCCAUCAUUUCAUGUGUGCUUCAAUAUCUAUUGACAGGUUUGAAGUCCUGUAUCUGUCGAACAUGCCAGUGUGAGUAUUAGGCCCAUUGUAAUGUGUUUGUUAACCAAAGCGAGGGAGUUUUUCUCAAACCAAAAGCCAAGGGAAGAUGUGGAGUGUUGUGCUUUGACACACAUAAAUACAAUGUAUCUCAUUAUAUUAUAUGCGUUGACAGGCUCUUAAGGUUACUCCAAGCUUAACUGUGUGUGUAUGUGUGUGUGUGUGUGUAUGUGUGUGAAGUGGAAUUUUUGAAGUAGAGGACACCUUUUGGUAACAGGAUAUCCUUGCCGGUCCCUCACGUUUUUGGGGGGCGUUUGGUCUUCAUUUUUUGAAAACAAGGAACCGUAGCCUUCCUUUGCUUAUAGUAGUAGUAGGCUGGCUUUAACCUGGCGAAAAACAUAGCAAGCUAGCUAGUCUUUUUUAGCUCCCCACAUCUCCAUGUGAAAUAAUCAGAUUGAUCAUUUAGAAAUAUGCCCUGGCAAAUGUUCUUCUACUUGCUGGUGUAACCUAAAACAUUAUCCCAGUUUGAUAUACUGCUUGUGUAUUCAUUCCCAUAUCAGUUAAAAAUAGAACAGCAUUUAUUUAUUUUGUUGUAAAAAAAAACACAUGGCUAGCAAGUUGGCUACAGCAGGUUAUACCAUUUCACAGUAGCCUGGAAUCACUAGUUACUAUUUCUAAAUAAAAUAAUGUUUCGGGUGGAUUCAGUUGCGGAGAUUAUAUUUGGUUAUCAAUGCAAAAUAGUCUAUCAAGGAACCAAGCAAUAAUACUGCCCCCACGGCUGCAGAAAUAAUGAUACUGCAUGUCUCAAUUUUCAGGUACAAAAACGGUACGCCGAACGCCAGAGCUUUUUUACAAGGAACCACCCCUUUUGUGAUGAAAAACGACAUUGCAACACUCCGAUAUUUUGCGUCUGCAUAGAGCUUGUAGUAUGCUUUUAGAAGAGCAAACUGAGAUUAUAACGAUAAGGCACUUAUCAGGCGUGACACGGAGAUGAUAUCAGUCGGACCAUUCUAACUUGCAUACCAGUGCUUUACCUUUCACAUACCAGCAACGGAUCUCACAUGAGCUGAUUUUUCAACUGCUGACGUAAAAGGUGAUUCAUUCCACCCCCUUUUGUGUGUGUCUGUGUGCGCCUUUUUGUAUUUGAGUGGUGCGUGUGUGUGUGCGCGUGUGUGUGUGCGUGUGUGUGUGCGUGUGUGUGUGUGCGCGUGUGUGUGUGUGUGCCAUGUUCAUCUAAGCUGUGACGCAUGCUGAGGGGACCUUGAUCCUGGCUCUGACAGACCGACAAGACACCGCACAAACCUUUAGUUUUCAUGACAUAGCCUAGUAGAAUCCUGCUGGAUCUAUUCCAUUGGCAGUAUGCAUAUGUCAGAUGGCAUAUCGUGGUUAUAUAGGUCAUACGUAUAUGUAUUGUACAAGUCAGUAUACCAUUGAGAGAAAGUGUGAUCAUACAUUGUUACCAAUUUUAUAUUUAAUCUGUAUUAUUACUGUGAAUUACACUUAGCUACCCUUAAAAAGGAAGGGGAAACCAGUUCCUCUUAUCUAUACUGUAGCUUAAGAAUGCAUCAUGUUUAUUUCCAAUAUGCACUGUACAGUAUCUACAGUUUUCCCAAAGACUGUAUUUGCCUGGCGUGUGUUUUGGGGGGAUUGUUAUCUUGCAGUAAUCUUGAUGAAACUCAACAGCAGCGCAGAACGGCAAGGGAAUCCACUUACUUCACAAACGUUGGCCACAUUUGCACAUGUACGUCAACCAACACCGUGGGUGUCCUGCUGCUGGGGCUGUUUUUCUUGUUCAAUGUUGUUAUCCAAUCAUUCUUGAAACUGGACUGUUGAAUUGGUAUACACUGUAGUUGUAGUAGUAGCCCUUUGUUACCCAUGACUUCGUCAUGAAUGUGCUCUUCUUCUCGUGGGACCCAUAUAAGUCUAUGGGUCCCAUACCGGCCAAGGUUGGGGUCAAUUUGAAUUGAAGUCAAAUCAGAAAAUGAUUUAAAUGUCAAAUUCAUAAAUGGAAAGAAUUUUGAAAGAUACAUGGCUUCUCCCUUUCAGUUCGUUGACAAGUUAUUGAACACAGAUGCCCUGUUUUUCAAUUAUUGAAUUUGAAUUUAUUCAUUGAAUUGGAAUUCCUGAAUUGGCUGACUUGAACCCUAUCCCGUAUACUUUUAGUUAAUUUUUAGCUUAUUUUAGUAUCAGACUUUUACUUAAAAAUAUAUUUUUGUUGUUUUGUCAUGUCAAUAUGCUUGGACUUCAUUUAAACUUGUGAUUUGGAACUAGGACUACUAUUUCACUAAGGAUGUUUUUUUUAAGUGUAGGCCUUUAGAUGUCAGUCAGUCAGUGUGUGGUGCAAAGCAUUCACAAGUCUCUGCCACUGUGGAGUGAAGCUAGCUGUAGCUAGCCUAGCAGCUAACGUUAACUUGCUUGCUAAUGCUAAUUUACCAAAUAAUCAGUUCUGUUAAAUCGUUUCUAUUUAUUUGUACUGAAAUUGUAUCAUUUUUUUUCUUCUGCUACUCGUGUGUUCUGAAACACGUUUGAGUGCGUUUUCUAAUGUCUUGCCCAUGUUGACAUAAUAUGGAGAAUGCAGGGGCUGAAAGCUUGCAAGACUUAGGAGUUAGGAUGACGUUAGAGGAUACAGGAGGAAGUUAUGGGGCUUACUGAACUUUUCUACUCUAUUGCAAAAUGUGACUAAUAACCCCAAUCAAAAUUUACACAAGGGUUUUUUUGAAUGCCGUACCAGUAUUUUCAUUACAAUUUAUGAUUUUUUUUUUUAUGAUUUCACAGCAACAUGUUUAAUGUUUCCCACAAUGUCAUUAUUUUACUUUCUUUCAAAUGGAAUAUUUUUGUAUGAUUUAAUAAAUGUGUUUGAAUCCCA